AUGUUGGGCCGCAUCGCGUUGGUAGUGGACCAGGGAUCAGGCUUCACCAAGGCGGGUUUCGCGGGCGAGCACCAGCCGCGCCUGAUGCUGAAGAGCUCCAGUCUGGUGCCCAGCUGGGACCGACCUGUGCUGCCCGGCACGCCGGGCUGCGAACUGGCGGGCGGUGUGGCGCGGGCGCACCCCAUCAAGCACGGUGUGGUGGUGGACUGGGAAGCGCUGGAAGGGCUGUGGGAGCGCCUGCUGGUAGGCGGCCUGCGAGUGUACCCAGAACAGUGGCCCGUGCUGGUGAGCGACUCGCCGUCGGCCCCGCCCGCGAGCCGUGAGAAGGUGACCGAGUUGCUAUUCGAGACCCUGGCAGUGCCUGCGUGCCACUUGGCCAGUACCGCGUUAUUGGCGCUCUGCUCCACAGGCGCACUAAGCGGGCUGGCCGUGGAGGCCGGCGCGGGCGUGUGUCACGCCACACCCAUCUACGCGGGCCACUCAUGGCAGGAGGCCACCUUCCGACUAGACGUGGCAGGUACCACUCUGUCUCGCUACCUGCGGGACCUACUAGAAGCAGCGUGCCCGGAUCUCCGGCUGCAGACCUUGCCUCGCAAGGCCAUCACACAGCUCAAGAAGCGCUACUGCUAUGUGUCGCUGGACUUCGAGCGUGACCUCCGGAACCCUGCCUGCCAUCAGCAUGCCAGCUUCUUCAUAGGCAACGGCCGCUCGAUCCACCUCAGCAGCGAGCGCUUCCGCUGCCCUGAGCCCAUCUUCCAGCCGAGUCUUCUGGGCCUCACUGAGCCAGGACUUCCCGCCCUGGCCUUCCGGGCACUGCAGAAGAUUCCUGCAACACUGCGGAAACGCCUGGCUGACACCGUGGUGCUGGCCGGUGGCUCCACACUUUUCCCUGGCUUCACUGAGCGCUUGGACCUGGAGCUGGAGGCCCAGUGCCGGCGGCACGGUUAUGGGGCUUUGCGGCCACGUUUGGUGGCCACGCCUGGGCGCGGCACAGCUGUGUGGACAGGUGGCUCCAUGGUGGCCUCUCUGAGCUCCUUCCAAUGUAGCUGGAUGACCCGGGCCAUGUACCAAGAAUAUGGGUCUAAGCUAGUGCACGAAGUGUUCAACUGA